AUGUCAAAUUUGUCAAAAUUGGAGUUCGUGGCACUUGAUAUUUCUGGCAAAAAAUAUUUGUCAUGGGUACUCGAUGUUGAAAUUCACCUAGAUGUGAAAGGUCUUGGUACCACCAUUACUGAGGGUAAUGCAGCAUCGAGUCAGGACAAAGCGAAGACUAUGAUUUUUCUUCAUCAUCAUUUGGAUGAAGGAUUAAAGGCCGAAUAUUUGACAAUGAAAGAUCCACUUGAAUUGUGGACUGAUUUAAAGGAAAAGUAUGACCACCUUAAGACAACAGUAUUGCCAAGGGGUCGUUAUGAAUGGAUACACUUACAAUUACAAGACUUUAAAACUGUAUGUGAAUAUAAUUCUGAUGUUUAUAAAAUAACUUCCCAAUUAAAAUUAUGUAAGGAAAAUAUAAAAGAUGAGGAUGUGUUGGAAAAGACUCUUACUACUUUUCAUGCCUCAAAUCUGGUGUUACAACAAAAAUACCGUGAAAGGGGAUUUAAAAAGUACUCUAAUUUGUUCUCAUGCCUUCUUCUAGCUGAGCAACAUAAUACCCUUUUGUUGAAAAAUCAUGAAGUCCAUCCCACUGAAACUGCUCCAUUAUCAGAAGCAAAUGUGGUAGAAGCACAUGGCCAGUCUGAAAGAAGACAAAAUAAAAAUCGGGGUCAUAAUAAUGUGCGUGAACGUGACAAUGGCAGGAAACGAUAUAAUAAUCAUCGUGGUAGUGGUCAUUAUAAAAGAGAGAACAAUAUGAGUUCUCAAAGUAAUCCUUUAAGAGGCAACUGUCAUCGUUGUGACAUGAAAGACCAUUGA